AUGGUAUCAGCAUGGUUAGUAAGUUUAGUAAAUAAAGAACAAAAAGAUAAUACACCAUUUAUGAAGUAUGGUUUUGUUUCAAUGUUAUUAGUUAUUUCAACAUUUUUAAGUAAUCAAUCAAUUCGUUAUAUUAGUUAUCCAACACAGGUAUUGGCAAAAUCAUGUAAACCAAUUCCAGUAAUAUUUAUGGGUUUACUUUUAUUUAAAAAGAAAUAUCCAUUCUUAAAAUAUAUUGUUGUAAUUGUAAUUUCAUUAGGUAUUUCUUUAUUUAUGUUACCAAAAGCAACGUCAAAGAAAAAUAUUCAAUUUGAAGGACAUGAUCAUUUAUUUGGUAAUUUUAUUUUAUUUGUUUCAUUAAUGAUGGAUGGUGUAAUGGGUCCAUUUCAAGAUAAUUUAGUUAGACAAUAUAAACCAUCUGCAACUUCAAUGAUGUUAAAUACAAAUAUUUGGAAUUUAGGUUUAUUUUCAAUAAUGGCAUUUGCUAGAGGUGAAGUUAGUCAAGCAAUUGAUUUCAUUUUAGAAUAUCCAGAAGUAAUUAAAUUAAUAUUAGCAUUUUGUAUUACUAGUGCUAUUGGUCAACAAUUUAUAUUUUUAACAACAAAUAAAUUUGGAUCAUUAAAUUGUAGUACUAUUACCACAACAAGAAAAUUCUUUUCAAUUUUAGUCUCAAUUUUCUAUUUUGGUCAUUCACUCGAUAAUUUACAAUGGGCAGCAAUUUGUAUGGUGUUUGGUGGUUUAAUUUUAGAUUUAUACAUUAGUUACUCAAAUAAAAAGAAAGGUGUUGUUCUUUCACCCAUAGCAGCACCAGUAAAGCAUCCAACUGCUACUACUCCUCUCGAAAAUAAAAAAUCAUUAUAG